AUGACCGCCCACACGCCCUCCUCGAUCCUCUCUAAGCUCGUUAACGGCACCCCGAGCAGCUCGACCGCGAGCGCCGCCCCGAGUGGAGCGCGCCGCGUGCCGCUCGACGAGUUCGACUCGGUCUUUGGCUCGCUCAUCGAGCUCUCGUCGGAUGCGCUCGGCGGCUCGAUCGUCGACACGUCGGACGAGUUCUUCUGCACGGCCGACAACCUGCUCAAGGUUCCUCCUUCGGUCAGCAUGAAGGGCCAGUUCGGGCCCAACGGCGCCCUCUUCGACGGCUGGGAGUCGAGGAGGCACAACCCGACCUACGACUGGACGAUCAUCAAGCUCGGCGCGCUCGGCGAGGUCGUCGGGUGCGACAUCGACACGGGCCACUUUGCCGGCAACGAUGGGACGACUCUCCUCCCGAGCACCCCUCUCGGCCCGGCGCAGCGUCACCUCUUCCUCUUUGCCCAGUCGUCGGCGCCCAUCACGCACCUCAAGCUCAGCAUGGAGCCCGACGGCGGCCUCGGUCGUUUCCGCGCCUACGGCCGCGUCGUCCCUCCUCCCGCGCCGGCGCACCCGACGGGCGAGGCCGUCGACCUCGCGCACGUGCUCAACGGCGGCACCGUGACGGGCGAGAGCGACCAGCACUUUGGGCGCGGCGCCAACUUGAUCCUGCCCGGCAGGGGCAAGGACAUGGGCGAUGGGUGGGAGACCAAGAGGAGCAGGGGGAGGCUCGGGUCGGGCAAGGGCGACUGGGUCGUCAUCAAGCUCGCCGAGCCGGGCUACCUCGAGUGGGCCGACAUUGACACGCUCCACUUUGUCGGCAACUUCCCCAACGCGGCCGAGCUGUUCGGUAUCUCGUCGAGCGAGGAGUGCCCCUCGUACGGCGACGCCGGCUGGACCCAGAUCCUCGACAACACCAAGCUCGGCCCGCACCGCCAGCACUUCUACCAGCUCGCGCACCCGAGCAAGCCGUGGACCCACGUCCGCCUCGACAUCCACCCUGAUGGCGGCGUCAAACGCCUGCGCCUGUACGGUCGGCCGCAGAGCCAGUACCCCGACUGGUCUGCGCUCGCGCCUCUUCCCGCCCCGGGCGGGGCCUCCUCCUCGUCCACCUCGGCCGCCCUCGUCAACGGCACCUCGUCGUCGUCCUCGUCGUCCAAGGCUGUGCCCAAGAUCCCGGCCGUCCCGCUCACGCCCUCGGCGUUCGCGCCGUACGGCUCGGUCAUCCAGUCGUACCCAGACGAGCGCUCGGCGCCCAAGGAGAUCAAGAUCAAGACGGUCAACUUUGGCACGGCGCGCAAGUUCAACCACCUCGCGCCCGUCACGUUCACGCACCCGGGCACGGCGGGCGUCCCGCAGGGCGAGGUCAACUUUUGCGUGUUCCGCAGCGAGGCGCAGGACGCGACGGCCGGGCGCGAUGCCGUGACGGGCAAGAGGACGUGGGAGGUCAAGGUGCUCGAGCGGCACGAGUGGAGCUCGCAGGCGUUCGUGCCCAUGGGCGGCAGCAACGACGACAAGUACCUUGUCCUCGUCGCGCUCCCCGGUCCUGACGGCCAGCCAUCGCUGUCGACCCUGCGCGCCUUCAUGGCCUCGUCGGCCUCGCAGGGCAUCUCGUACCACCCGAACGUGUGGCACCACCCGCUCAUCGCGCUCGGCAAGGACAAGCAGGACUUUGCGUGCGUCGUGCACGAGACGGGCGUCGCCGACGUCGACUGCGAGAUCAAGUGGUUUGACGAGGGCACGGUCGCCGUCGUGCACGAGGUCUGAGCGGCGCCUCCUUCUCUUUCUCUCUGUCUAGACUCUUAUGUAGAUGUGCGGGCUUGUAUUGCGCCGCGGCGUUCGUCUG